UAAGACCUUGAAAAACCCAAAUAAUCUCGUGCGCAGAACCAGGCGGCGGCAGAACGUCCUCGCAGCACGUCGUCUAUAAAUAGACGACACACCGCGCCGCCGCUCGGCACCUGUCCUCAACGACACACACACAACUGGGGGGUAAAGGAGACGUGCAGGCGGACACGCAAGUUGUAAGUGUGACUCCCCCCGAGCGAGCCUCCCGAGAAAAAUGUGUGCAAGAAUCUGCAAGGGGCCGAGAGUAAACACGGGAGCCUUUUAAACACCGAGAAAAACGAAGUGGGUGUUUUUUUGUUUUUUUGGAUGAGUGACCGAGUGAUCCGACCGCCUUGUUAAUCCGUGAAGGGCACACAUGGAGCCCCAUGUGAGCGACCACCAGAGCCCCCUUCCAGUGUCCGAGGCCACCGGGCUGGCCAUGCCCCCCUCCAGCCAGGCAACAGACUUGAGGCCCAGAUGGACGGUGCUGGACUCCCUGCUGUGCGGGGCCAUCGCCGGAGCCAUCGCCAAGACGGUCAUCGCCCCUCUGGAUCGGACCAAGAUCAUCUUCCAAGUGUCCUCCAACAGGUUCUCGGCCAAGGAGGCCUUCAGGCUCAUCUACUGUUCCUACAUGAAGGACGGGCUGCUCAGCCUGUGGCGGGGCAACUCCGCCACCAUGAUGAGGGUCAUGCCCUACGCCGGCAUCCAGUUCUGCUCCCAUGACAAGUACAAGGAGCUGCUGGGAGGUUACUACGGCUACCAGGGGAAAGCUCUGCCUCCCUUCCAACGCUUCCUGGCCGGCUCCCUGGCCGGCACCACGGCGGCCAUGCUCACCUAUCCUCUGGACAUGGUGCGAGCCCGGAUGGCAGUCACAGCCCGAGAGAUGUACAGCAACAUCAUGCACGUGUUUGUGCGGAUCUCCCAGGAGGAGGGCGUGCGGACCCUCUACAGAGGCUUCACCCCCACCAUCAUGGGCGUCAUCCCGUACGCCGGGAUCACGUUCUUCACAUACGAGACCCUCAAGAAGCUGCACACGGAGAAGACGAAGCUGCCCCAGCCGUCCCCGUUGGAGCGCCUGGCGUUCGGCGCCUGCGCCGGCCUCAUCGGCCAGUCCGCCUCGUACCCGCUGGACGUGGUGCGGCGGCGCAUGCAGACGGCGGGCGUCACGGGCUCGUCGUACGCCACCAUCCUGGGGACGAUGCGCGCGAUCGUGGCGCAGGAGGGCGUCGUGCGCGGACUCUACAAGGGCCUGAGCAUGAACUGGAUCAAAGGGCCCAUCGCCGUGGGGAUCAGCCUCACCACGUUCGACGUGACGCACGGCCUCCUGCUCAAAGUGCACCAGACGGGAUACUUCACACACUGAGUCGGGCCGAGCGGGGGAAACGACACGAGACCCCAAAAAAGAUGAACAGACUUGAUGCGAGGGAGGCGGUCAACUCUGAAGAAGAGGCCGUCCAGCCGCACGGUCCUGUUCCCUUCAGACCGGAGGAGGAUGAGGAGGAUGAGGAUGAGGAGGAGCGUAGAGCUGUCACGCACAAAGUUCUCACGCUCGAGAAAACGCACAGUCAGGAUUCACUGACGGAGGUGGAGGAGCGCGAGAGGAAAUAAUAAAGUGUCUUUCUUUUUUUCCUUUUUUUUGUUAUCGUCGUCGUUCACGCAAUCAAAACUUUUAUUUUGAAAUCCUGUCGACGGCCCGUUGCUGUCGGGCCGGCGUCGGGCACGAACGGAGCAACGGUGGAGUCCAGACGAGGAGUUCUGUUUUUGAUGACGCUCGCAUUUUAUGAGACGGCGGACGGUUCAAGCGAUAACUCAAAUUUUUUUUUUCUAUCACUUUUUUCAUUUCCGAGGGACGUUUUAUUUGAAUUUCUAAUCGCGUAGCUUUGUUUUCCUUUUGAUCGUUUCAAAUGGACUGAGGGGGGGUUUAUGGAUUUGAAUGAAAUGGUCAUUAUGCAAUAGUUUUUAAUUGUUUUUUUUAUUUCUAUACGGUGCCACUGCGGGUUGGCUUGAGAUGAACUGAGCGAUUGAUUGUCGGAGGUCAUCGUGUCUCACUGUCCGUCCUGCAGGAGUUGUAUCGCAUGAAUAUGUCUUAUGAGUGGACGCAAAUCAAAUAAAUCUAAAUAUGUAUAUAACAAUUUGUUUUAUGUGCAUAUUACUAUGUCAUUGUUGUGUCAUUUAAGGAGCCUGCACAUUAAAAAAUAGAUAAAAGACCAAA